GUCGUGACCACCUCAAGAUGACACAGAUCCGUAAGGCGAAACGUUCCUUCAACUCUCCGCAUGCUGGCACGAGCAAGAUUAUCAGAUAUAAAAAGUUGCAAGUGUCUCAGCCAGCGGGGCCUUAAACUAAUUCACUAAACUUGAAUAGUUACCCAAGGUUUACUUUCUUUAGAUACGCGGUGAGGCUACAUCCCCGCAGUUUGAGACCAGUCUGCGGGACUCUACAACAAUGAAGUUUUCUGACGCGCUGCUCGCCAUCGUUCCAGUCGGCUUUGCCGCUGCUGUGCGACACCAGGUUCGUCAAGGCCCUCAAACGGUCAAUGUUGUCCUGCAGCUCCGCAAGGCCUCCACCGAGGCCUCUAUCGCGGUGCAGAACGCAGACCGUUCCGAAAUCCUCCAUUAUGGUUGCGGCACCUCUCUCAGCUCCGGUGCUUUCCAAAAGCACCCGAUAGCUUUCAACGUGGACCGCGACGGCAAUGGUGCAGGCAACCUCAACAUCGGCCCGAACAGCUACCUCAUUCAUGAGGACCCAGAAUUCUCUGGAGGCAUAUCCUGUGCCCGCCUGCAUAGCAACACCGAAAUGAUAGUGACAUGUGCAGUCACUCUACCAGCGAGCGUUCACCUCGAGCCAGUCGACCAGGAUCAGAAGAAUUUGCCCUCUUGUUUUCCAACCAGCACCUUCAGCUUGGCUGGCAUCUUUGAAGCCCUGGAAAGAGACGCCUUGGACCGGCCGCCGGCGGCAAACAUCACCACCGACGGACUACUUCCUCCUCAUGGAGCCUCGGCAGGGCUCGAUAAGCGCCAGGGACCAUGUGCGAUCUGGACGCCCGGGACCAGGAGAGUCGGAGACGGCAACCCGCACCAGAACCCUUUCAACAUUCAACUUAGCGAAAACAUGCAGUGCGAUGCUCAGCGCACCUGCGCGAUCCAGUACGGCGAGUACAGGUCUUUUACCGUCGGCUUCAGCGCCAGCGCCCAGCUUACCCAGUGGAUCAGCGGCGGCUUUGCUGUCGAGCAGUCAGUCCAGACCGGGAACAAGUAUACAUGCGACGGCAACCCGGGCGAUUUUUUCUGCGUGUGGCGCAAAGUCGGGCAGACAGCAUACACGGUCCAGAACGUCUUGUACAAUGCCUGCACCGGCGACUCGCCCAGCAGCUCCCCUUUUAUUCUGUGGUCGCCCAACGCAAACAACAAGGAGGGCUGGUUCUAUUGCGUCUAUGGCCGACAGUAUUGUCGCAGCGCCGGUCAAGGGUGGCUGGACACAAGCGGGCGUGCUGGUGGCCCCUGAGCUUCCGGGCUACGGACCAUGGAGCCAAACUCAACGACGGUUCCAUGAAGCCUACAAGUCAACCCUGGUUUGUUUGUUAGCGCGGAACUUGAGUAGUCCAGGCAUUCUUGGUGCAGUCAUGGAACGGAGAGC